CAGUUGUAGAGACGCCAUUUUUUGUUUUUUUUUGAAAGCGAGUUUUCCCUUCUUCUCUGGUUUUGAAUACCGACUCAGCGAGUUAACGAAACUCAGCGAUUGGUACGUGUUGACUCACCCUGUUUUUCUUUAAUUUCUCAUGGUUCAGCUGAUGAGUUCGGCUAUGGCCGAGUUGAGAGGUAAGGGUUCUAGAAAGGCGACGGUGAAGAUGGAGAUCGAUGUUGAAGACUUAUCUGAUUCUCUCAAUUCUCUUCACAAGCGACCCAAACUCGAUUCGUCUUCUCAGGAAAAUAUGGACUCUGAUACAUUAGGAGAGCAAUCUUCGAUGUUCAAUCCUCUUAAUGAGCCAAGCCCACUGGGUUUGCGUCUCAGGAAAAGUCCCUCUCUUUUAGACUUGAUUCAAAUGAAGCUGUCACAAGAUCAUAGUGCAGCUAAAUUGUCAACUUUAGGCAAGAGAAAUCUAAAGGGGGGAAAUUCUAUGUUAAGUAAUACAGAUAAACUAAAGGCUUCCAAUUUUCCAGCUUCAGUUUUAAAGAUUGGAACUUGGCAGUACAAGUCAAGGUAUGAAGGUGAUUUAGUUGCAAAAUGUUACUUUGCAAAACAUAAGCUUGUAUGGGAAGUACUUGAUGGUAGCCUUAAGAACAAGAUAGAAAUUCAGUGGUCAGAUAUUGUGGCUCUCAAGGCUAACUAUCCAGAUGAUGCUCCGGGGACUUUGGAUGUUGUGUUGGCUAGACCGCCCCUUUUCUUUAGGGAGACCAAUCCACAGCCAAGAAAGCAUACCUUGUGGCAGACAACGUCAGAUUUUACUGGAGGACAAGCCACCAUACACAGGCAACAUUUUCUACAGUGUCCACAAGGCUUAUUAGGGAAGCAUUUUGAAAAGCUUAUCCAAUGUGACCCUCGUCUGAACUGUUUAAGUCAACAGCCAGAGAUUGUGCUAGAGUCUCCUUAUUUUGAAACCAGAAUAACUACUACUGACGAGAAGAAUGAACUUAGCAAUGGGUUUGAUUUAAAGACGGAAGACAGGCCUGUUUUCUUUGGGAUACACGAUACAACAUCAACAUCUGGUGCUCAGUCAUCCUCCAUAAAUGAACAGGAAUUCACAAACAGAGCUCCUGAAAGUUAUUGCUCUGAAAUCUCUUCAGCUUGCUCAGAAUUCAAGGGCAUUGGAGCCGAGAACUCGAAGAUGCUAAGCAGUUGGGAUCAAAUCAAAGUUCCUGGAAUUCACCCAUCAAUGUCAAUGAGUGAUCUAGUGAACCACAUUGGAAAUUGCAUAUCUGAGAAGAUGACUUCUUCAACAAACCCCGCCUCGUCCGGAAAGCAAAAAAAUGACAAGGGCAUUCUGGAGGAGAUUACCCAGUACUUGUUUAAUGAUUCUCAGUUUAAUUUGGCCUCAGAUGAGCAGUCUCUCAUGACAAGGGUCAAUUCCCUCUGUUGCCUUCUACAGAAGGAUUCUUCAGCAAACCAACUCUUCCAAUCCAUAAAUGAUGACAACAGUAUUGUAGAUUUAAACACUGAAGCGAAAACAAGCCAAAUAAACUCAAACUCUGGAUUGGCAUCUGAGUCUAAAAGGGAUAACUCCAUUGAUGGUUCUGAUUGCAAGCAACCUCAAGAUAUGUCCAGAAAAGACUCAUUUGGGGAGCUUCUUCUCUCUCUUCCAAGAAUAGCUUCUCUACCACAGUUUUUGUUUAACCUGUCCCAAGAUUCUGAUAAUCAAGCCAGAUAAUCAAAACCACCCUCAGAAAAUUCUUGUAAAAAGUAAAAAAUGUAGGUUGAGAUGUAGUGAUGUAGACAUGUUUGUAUUCUAAGAGCUAUAUACUUAUUGAAAGACUAAUAGGGUAGUUUUGCUUUGUAGAUAUUUUGUAUUGUCUCCCACUCUAAUGCCUCUUCAGCUUGUAAAUCAGUAUUUUUCUUUUGAAUUAUAAUACAAGUUUAAUGAUAUUAUAUGAGA